AUGCGACGGGACGACGGCGGUGGGGGUGGGGGUGGGGGUGGUGUAGGAGGGUUCAGCGAGCUCUUCGACUCCGUGCGCCGGUCCAUCGCCUUCCGCACCAGCGCCGCUGCGCCCGAGCCACCGGGGCCUCUCGGCGGUGGGGGCGGGAUCGGGGUCCGGAUAAGCUCCUGCCUCCGGAAGUCGAGGGGGAUGGGCCUGCUCGGGCUCAUCUCCAAGAGUCCGUCUCCGCCGCGCCGCCUGCUGCCACCGGCGCCUGAGUUUACCGGUGGCGGCGCGGGAGGGGGAGAGGGAGAGGGGGAGGAGAACCCGCAGAUCCGGUGGCGUAAGGGCGAGCUGAUUGGGAGCGGCGCAUUCGGGCAGGUCUACCUCGGGAUGAAUCUUGACACCGGCGAACUCCUCGCAGUAAAACAGGUUUUGAUCGGGAGCAACAAUGCGACGCGGGAGAAGGCCCAGGCACACAUAAGAGAGCUUGAGGAAGAAGUGAAGCUCCUUAAGAACCUGUCACAUCCCAACAUUGUUAGGUACCUUGGGACAGUCCGGGAGGAAGACACUGUGAAUAUCUUGCUCGAGUUUGUGCCAGGAGGGUCCAUUCAGUCUCUCCUUGGGAAAUUAGGUUCAUUUCCGGAGGCAGUCAUUAGGAAGUAUACAAAGCAAAUUUUGCAAGGAUUGGAGUAUUUGCAUAACAAUGCAAUAAUACAUAGAGACAUAAAGGGUGCAAACAUUCUUGUUGAUAACAAAGGAUGCAUUAAACUUGCUGAUUUUGGGGCAUCUAAGCAAGUGGCAAAGUUGGCUACUGUGACAGCUGCUAAAACUAUGAAAGGGACACCUCACUGGAUGGCACCUGAAGUUAUUGUGGGGAGUGGGCAUAACUUCUCUGCGGACAUCUGGAGUGUGGGAUGCACAGUCAUUGAAAUGGCUACUGGUAAACCACCAUGGAGCCAGCAGUAUCAGGAGGUUGCACUUCUAUUUCAUGUCGGGACCACAAAGUCACACCCACCUAUACCUGAACAUCUCUCCCCUGAGGCCAAAGAUUUUCUUCUAAAAUGCCUGCAGAAGGAACCAGAGCUGAGAUCUACGGCAUCAGAUUUAUUGAAGCACCCAUUUGUUACAGGAGAACCCGAGAACCUGCAGCCACUCAAUCGUGAUGCACAGCAGGAAACUUGCGUUAAUGAGCUCCCUGCACAUGUGUCCAGUGCCUUGGGUUUAGACCAUAACCAUUCUGUCAACUGGCCCACUGUCAGUUCCAACAAAUCUUCAAAAAUCAAACCCUUAUGGGAGGGUAGCUGUGAUGAGGAUGACAUGUGUGAGUUUGCUGACAAGGAUGACUGCCCAGCAAUUGGAUCUAGCUACAAUCCCAUGUCUGAACCAUUUGAUAACUGGGAAAGCAAAUUCGUUGCGAGCCCAGAGCAAAGUUCUCACCAGUCAAUGGAAUUUGGUGGGCUAGCCAAACACGCUGAAAGCAGCAUGACUGAAAAUGAUUUUACAUUUCCUUGCGAAGGAAGUUGUGAAGAUGAUGAUGUACUUACAGAAUCGAAAAUAAAGGCAUUUCUUGAUGAGAAGGCUUUUGAUCUGAAGAAGCUGCAAACACCUUUAUAUGAGGAGUUCUACAACACGGUGAAUGCUGGGAAUUCUCAGGUAGCUGACCAUACUUCCAAGGGAUUUUUCUCAAAUAGUCCCAAAUUGCCACCUCGAGGAAAGUCACCAACAAGUAAGAUGAGAGGUGGUGCGGCAACAGCAUCAACAUGUGAUAAAUUAAAUAGUACUAGACCCGAAAGCUGCAGCAGCCAAUUAUCAGAAGGCACUGUACAGAGCAGCCGGAUUUUGAGAGAAAUAGCCUCUCCUCAACUUGACGAAUUCGGAAACAAAAUCCAUUCUGAUGUCCAAGAUAGUCCAAGUUUGACCUUUGCUGAAAGGCAGAGGAAGUGGAAAGAAGAGUUGGACCAGGAGCUUGAAAGGGAAAGAGUGAUGAGAUUAGCUAGCUGUGGCAAAACACCGUCCCCUAAUAGAGUGCUCAAUGGGAAGCGAGAGCGACAUCCUGCCCUUUGAACAGAUAACGACAAUCACUGUUUCUUCAUUUCAUCCCACAAACAGAACCAGUGGCAAGUGGUAAAAUGCUUGCCAUUGGUGGCAACAUCAGUAUAUAGCCUACACUGCCCUGAUCAUUCAUGGUACAUGACAAGGCUAGCUGACUGCGAUAUGGCCCCGUGAUCUGCACAGAUCCCCCAUGACCGAUCUGGAGCAGCUAUCAUGAUUGAUCAGGAUCACUGUCUUGGUAAUGCGUAGAAAACGUUGCACUGAAGUAGUUCCCCGAUGUGAGGCUGCAUUUUUCAUUCUUUUGAAGUGCUGUGCUGUUUAGCCGCACUGUUUAUGUUGGAAAAGUGAUGUAUAAAUUUUGGGUUUGUAAGGAAAAAAUGGCCUUGGAGAUUGGUUUUGUAUGGAGCCUGUUUUGAAAGCGAGUAAUAAGAUAAGUAAUGCAAAUUAUGGAGAUUUGGAAUUUGAGGUUUGAAGCCCCUACGACAACCUUAGAAGCCGGAAACCUGAAAUAUUUUUAAACUCCCUUUUAGUAAACUAUUUACCUGAAAUUGAUAUGAAAUAUUUAUGAAAUUCU